AAAUUUUAAAAUUUCUAAAAUAAAUAAAAUUUUAAAAUCUAAAGUAUCUACUAGAAAUCAGUAUCUAGCACUGAGGCGGCAGUAGUAUAUAAUAAUGGAUGUUGAUCCACUUUUUUAAGCUCGCUUUAAAUCUGUAAGGUAAUGUGAGAAAAAUUUUGUCUCUUACGGCCCUUUAAUGUACUUCAGAUCAUUCAAAACUAUUGUUGUAGGAAUUCCUGUUAAUGUGAAUUCUGGAGAAAAAAGGAUCCAUGCCACACUGCUUUUAUGUACUGAAGAUCUUCAGGCCAAAUCAUUAGUAACAAACAUGAAACAGUACAAUGGGGAAAGUAGUUGUUCGACAUGUUUUGAUUCUGGGCAGACUGUAGGAAAAAACAACCUUCACAGGGUAUGGCCUCAUACUCCAAACAUGAAGUACAGAAUGCAUAAGUCUAUGGUGAAAUGUGCUUAUGAAGCUACAAAAUCAGGUGUGUUGGUGAAAGGAGUUAAAGGUGCCUCUGUAUUUAUGCUCUUCAAGGAGUUCAAUCUUGUUGAAGGAUUUGCACCAGACUGGAUGCAUGGCGUUUGUCUUGGCUUGAUAAAGAAUUUGCUUGCAUUUUGGCUUAAUGGAGAACAUAAAAGCAAGGACUUUUACAUAGGGAACAAGAUUGCUGCCCUAGAUAAACGUCUGACCUCAAUCAGAGUUCCAGAUGUGAUUUCCUGAAAACCUAGAACACUAGAAGACAGAGCACAUUGGAAAGCCACAGAAUUCAGGGCUUGGUUGCUGCAUUUCUCAGUGCCAGUGCUGAUGGGGAUCCUACCUCCUCCUUACCUACAACACUACUCUUUGAUGGUUACAGCAAUGUCACUUCUUGUUAGCGAGAAAAUAUCUCACAAAGACCUCAGUGAUGCAGAAAAGAUAAUAGACCUGUUCUGCAAGG